AUGAUCAUGACCAUAACCAUAACCAGAACCAGGACCAGGACCAGGACCAUGGUUUGGAUGCAUUCCAGGGUCGCGGAGGAGGAGGAGGAGGAAGAGAUAAGACGGGGUGGUAAGGAGGAACUGGAGGAAGAGAAGGGAGGAAGGAAGUAUGUAGGUAGACAGCCAGAGACAGACACCGGCUGGACACACGACAGCCACCCGGAACCCGUCCCCGACCAACCGGAUAUCAAACAAAUGGAGAAAAUAAGCCCGGCGGCGACCGCGACUGACGGACUGACAUACAGUAGUGCUCCGUACCUGGAGGUGGAGGAAGAGGAGGAGGAGGAGGAAGAAGAAGAAGAAGAAAAGAGGACAGGGGUAGGGCUAGGGGAUUGGUUGUUAUUCAUCGGCAAUUACUUCCGCUCGCCGUCGUUUUCCUGA